GAACGUUGAGAAUGGAACCAUUUACAUUUCGGAGAGCAAAGCAGACAGACGGGCGCGUUCGUUUCGUUUCGUGUGAACGAGUGAGUGAAUUGAAUAUCGUUCGAUUUGUUUUAAAAUCGACAAGAGCACCAACAAACGCGAAAUAAUAUUCGUUUAUUACAAAUAUUUCGCAAGAAAUCUGCUGUAUUGCGUCAACCAAGUGAAAUUAAAGUCAGCAUAAAAAAUUAAAAAUAAACACAAAACAAAUACAAAUACAAAUAAUAAACACGCACAUGCAUCGCUUAUAAACACACACACAUACAUACAAAUUAAAAAGACAAUGAAAAUGCCAAUCGUGAGCUAAAGUCAAAACAUCAGUUAUUAAGCAAGUAAAAGCAAAAACUGUGAUAAUUGUAAACUGGCAAGCAGUGCAUAAAUAACAUUUACAACAACAGGAAUAAUUAAUAAUAAUUACUAUACAAAAUGGAUAACAGUAGCAAUAACAGUGCGGUGGAAGGUAACAAAAUAGUCAACUAUGCGUCGACUCCUCUCUCCGCUCUCUCAACGGUCGCAACGGUCGCUGCAAGCAACAACAACAACAGCAACGCGUCGAACGUGAGUGCAGCUGCGAGAGAGCGAGAGCAACAACAACAGCGACUGACGCCCGCAUUGACUGUGUUUGCAUCAGCAACAACAACUUCCCCUACCUCCAGUCCGCUCUCUGCGCUGUCGACGCCGACGAAAGAGUUUCCGAAUGCACAAAUAUUGCGCAGCAUUCGGGAAAAACUCAGGCUGACACCCGGAGGCGUUUGUGAGCUGCAAGCUUUGAGCUUUGCCGAGCAGUCGAGCUUUACGAGCAGCAUUGGCAUUGGUGGCAUCGGGGGGUGCGGAGUGGGAGGGGAGCAGCCCGUUAAGGUGAUCAAGAACCGUUAUCUGAUCAGUGCCCAGCCUAGUCACAUCUCAGCCGCAGCAGCGGCCAAAACACCCGCCUCCUAUCGCCAUCUCAUCGAUUUGACGUCAUCGAAUCUGCAGUGCGUCGAUGUCUACACCGGUGAGCAGUUCCUCUGCAAGAUCAUUAACGAGCCGCUGCACAAGGUGCAACGCGCCUACUUCCAGCUGCAGCAGGACGAGCAACUCUGCCGCAGCACCAUCUACGGCCACACGCUGAUCCGCGGAGUGCACGAUCUCGUGCCCCUCUCCAAGAACCGCACCUACAUCAUCAUUGCUCCUGUCCAGCAACAACAACAACAACAGCGCGUCUAUGAGAACCUGCACACAUACAUACGACACGAGAAGCGACUGUGCGAAUCCGAGGCGCGCGCCAUUUUCCAUCAGAUCUGCCAGACGGUGCAAGUGUGCCAUCGCAACGGGAUCAUACUUCGGGACCUCAAGCUCAAACGCUUCUAUUUCAUCGACGAAGCGAGAACUAAACUGCAAUAUGAAUCGUUGGAGGGCUCCAUGAUACUCGACGGCGAUGAUGAUACGCUGAGCGACAAGAUCGGCUGUCCACUGUACACCGCACCAGAGUUACUCUGCCCUCAGCCGACAUAUCAGGGGAAGCCAGCGGACAUGUGGUCAUUGGGAGUCAUACUGUACACAAUGCUCGUGGGACAGUAUCCGUUCUAUGAAAAGGCCAACUGUAACCUGAUCACAGUGAUCCGGCAUGGCAAUGUCCAAAUACCCAUGUCACUGUCAAAGUCGGUGCGAUGGCUGAUGCUCUCGUUGCUGCGCAAGAACUACACGGAACGGAUGACAGCCUCACAUAUAUUCCUAACGCCCUGGCUGAGGGAACAGCGACCGUUCCACUUGUACCUGCCUGUCGACGUGCAAAUUGCAGACGACUGGGACACGGAGAAUGAUCAGGACGAGCUCGAGUGCAUGGAGGAGGGAGACGUGAGUGAUGUGAGUGUGUGUGCCUUGAGCGGGGAUAAGCACGAACACGGAUACGAGGAUAUUGGCGUAGAGCCACUCGACUACACACACACCACCCUGCAAAUGGCCCAAAGCUCCAGCAGCUCUAGCUCCUCUCUAUCGACAGAGACUGAGGUGGACGCAGACGAGGAUAUGGGUUGACCAACGUCUUACACUGAGCCGGAUAAAAUGCCACUUAAAGCUCGUUAACUUGGUCCGUUAAAUCGCAUCAGGAUUCGAUGCUCGACUGAUUGAUUGCCGAGGCUAUGGCAGCCGCGCUCUCCACGUCCUCCUCUCAGCCCACUAGAAGAGGUGACCAAACCCAACACUCGCACACUAAAAGACUUUGAAGCCUCGCUCACUUACAAGUAUAAAAAAAACAACACAAACUACAAAUAAUAAUAAACAAAA